CACCAGGCUACCAGCUGACUGCCUGACUUCUGCUUUACAUUCCGGUUGGUGCAAAGAGAGAGAAGACAAGGGGCGGAGAAGGAGGGGUUAAACACUUGAGAAAAGUUUGUUUGCUACCUUUGAGGCAAUGGAGGAUGUUUUUCACUUACAUCGCUCGACUACACUCUAUCUCAUAUAGCCUACCGCCUAAAUUAAAGGUUUGUUUUAAAGUGAUUGUACAUGCUGCUGCAGGCUUCACAGUGAUACUCGUGUCCAUGAGGUGAUAGAAGCUCACAUAUAAACGAUGGCUGAUGGAAAUCAGACUGUUAUACACUUGUCUGAGCAGGUGGUGGUUUUGUUUUCAUGCGCGCUGUCGUUCCUCGGAUCGUCGCUUAUUAUCCUCACCUUCUUCAUAUUCAAAGACUUGAGGACAACUCCGAGGAGGCUCCUGGUCUACCUCUCGGUGUCUGACUGGCUGUCCGCGGUCUCGUACGCCUACGGGGUCUGGAGAGUUUUCCACACCGACUCGCUGGACUGCAUCGUUCAAGGAGCUGUAUCCACUUUCGCCAACACCAGCUCCUUUUUCUGGACUGUGGCCAUCGCUGUGUACCUGUAUGUUUUCAUCGUGAGGUCAAGCCAAAGGGUCGCUGACAGCCUGGUGUUGGGUUUCCACCUUGUGAGCUGGGGUGUACCUCUCGCCAUCACUGCUGCAGCCGUGUCCUUGAGUAAGAUUGGUUAUGAUGCCUCUGAGGUGUCAGUGGGCUGGUGCUGGGUGAGGAUCCAUGCUCCUGACCGGGUACUGUGGAUGCUGCUGACUGGAAAGAUCUGGGAAUUCUUGGCAUAUCUAACCCUGCCUGUCCUCUACAUCCUGAUCAAAAGGCACAUCCACAUAGCGCACUCAGCUCUGUCUGAGUACCGUCCCAUCCUGGCCAACAGGCCUCAGUCUCACUCCUUCUUCACCAUGGCUGACAUGAAGCUAACACUCAUUCCCAUCAUCUUUAUCUUCCUGCGCCUUUGGAGCACGGUGCGCUUCAUACUGCUGCUGGUCGGUUCUCCUGCCAGACUGAACCCAGUGCUGGUCACUUUGCAUGGAAUUGGCAACACCUCACAGGGAACAGCAAACUGCAUCAUGUUUGUGUUCUUUACUCAGCCAAUCCGCACACGCCUCUGCAGCGCGCUCUGCUGCUGCUGUAAGUGUGGAGCAGAGGUGCAGCACUCGCAUGACGACCCCCGGGGGCUGCUGACGGGAGAGGAACCCUCCACGCAGAGAGAGGAGGACAGCACCAGCCGAAUCUUGACUGAUAAAUGAUUCUUUGGAUGUAAUGGUUCAAAUGAAAGAAGCAGCGGAGCUCUCUGUUUCACAUUGAACCUCAUUACAGGAAGUGUCUGCUGACAGGGACAGAGAUCCUGCAGGUGCAUGCACAGCUGAGAGGUCACUUACCUGCACUCUGGGUGAUGAAGAUGAUGCUGGCUGGCUGUUAGCUACCAGUUGGUGAACAUUUGGCCUGUUUUAGACUGAUGGUGUUACACAUGAACAUUGUUGUUUAGCAGAGAGGUGCUGUUCGUCACACUUCAAGGUGCGGUUUCACUUUAAGUUGCUCCUUGCACAUACUUUCUAAAUGCAAAUGCACACUCCACUGGCGACAGUUUAACACCCUUAUUUAUUAUGUGAUGUUUGUAUUCACUUACAUUCUGUUGUUAUGACUGUGAAAUACAUGUUCAGUAUUCAACUAAUGUACAAAUUAGAGCACAAUAGCUUUUUACAUUUUAGUUAACACAUUAAUGAAUAAGAGGAAGUUGUUGCUAUAGGGCAUUCUCACUUUUAGUAUUUAGGGUACUGAGAAUUAGUUUAAACUUCUGUUACUGUGUUUGAAGAUCUAUAAAAAGCCUUCAGGGCCAACCUUUCCAGAAUCUAAUAUUUGAAGCACUUUGAAAAGACUGAUGUUGACAAGUCUGUGAAAAAAAACACCUUUGGUUCUCGUUAGUUAAGCAGAACAAACUCAUAGAAACACCAAACUAACUGUGUAUAAACAGUUUUGCCUCUUCAUUGUCUGAGCACAACUUCUCGGUUGUCUGGAAGCGUAAUCAUUGUGAGGCUGAGAUAUGGCAUUAUACACCAUUUGUGACAGUUAGAGUUAAACACAUAGGCAGCAUAUUUAGUGUAUUUUUUGUGACAAAUGAAUCAGUGGAUUAACUCAAAAGAGGAAAAGCUGUGGGCUCUAUGUAUGGAGUUUUUAAUCAAUCCUCUGUCAUCACGAGAGUCUGCAUUAACUGGUUAUGCUUGGAAUGAUCAUGACUUCUUUGGAGACAUUCUCAAGCAAGCUACUGUUAAUCUUAGUGACAGAUGAUAAAUUUAUGGCACAUAUUAUAUUUUGCUAUGCUGCUUAAACAAAGUUUUUUUCAAAAAAUGUUUUAUCCUGUAUGACUUUGAGUCUGUUCAAUACUUGAUCAAAUGUGACCAUUUCUUAAAAAUACAGUAAAUGAAAUGA